AUGAUGCUGAUGCUGUCGGCGCUUCUCGCGCUUUUGCCUGCGCUGGCUAAUGGCCUGCGCAUCGAGCUCCCCUCGUUCACCUCGCCCGGCGCACCGACUAAUGGCCUGCGCAUCGAGCUCCCCUCGUUCACCUCGCCCGGCGCACCGACUACGACUCUAUCAGAUGCGAGUAUUCCCCUUCACUUCAACUCGACAGUUGCGCCACUCCCGCACUCGACCUCCGCAUACUCUCUCGACUCGACUGCUGCAGCCUCUCCGACCUCUACUUUUGCAUAUGUCAACACGACCGACGCGCACUUCUUCAACUCGACCGAUAAUCACUCCAUCGAUCCACCAGAUGCGCACGAGCACAUAGUCCUCGUUGGAUUCGAAGGCUGCAGCUAUGAACAAGAGCGUCUCGUUCACAUGGCUAGGGGGGAUGCUCUGAAGAUCUCCCGCGCCGUCGGCGACCCCAAAUGGAUGAAUUUCGACGCUCACAGGGGCUCACUCAUGUACGAUUACUUCGGGAAAUUCGACCCAUCCUCACUUGGUCCCUUCAACCUGUCAUACACUCGGGACAUCAUUCGAAACAACUAUCGCCAAUUGCAGAGGUUCGGUCACGACAACGACAACUGGGACUUCGCUUUGGGAAAUUACAUCCAAAUCCGAUGCGGCGACGACAACGACAUUCCGUACAGGCUCGGAGACGGCUUUGGUGGUUGUAAAUAUGGAAACGCGAAGGCUCACGUUCUGUUCCAUCCAAACAACGAUGUCGAACUUCAAGGAUAUCCAUUCAGUACGAUUGUCCUCUGUAAUAAGUUCUUCGAUGAGCCCACACUCGACGAGCGAGUGUUUCUCUUACAGUCGCAAGUGCCGGACAAGAAUGGGGAACUUCAGCACAAGCUUGAGGAUGUUCGAAACCUCGCAAGUCAAGCCACCUUGUUCUUACACGAGCUCAUCCACAUUCCGCGCAAGACCGAGUACGACGCAGGCGUGUCCGAUCCGAGAUGUGAGGACGUCGUCGUCAACGACUUCGGCGUCAGAAUGGGACGAGCAUACGGUCCGAGACAAGCAAAAUGGCUCGCGCGAGCCGAGAAGUACGGAACGUACUACGCCAUCAGAAACGUCGACAACUUCGUCAACUACGCCCUUGCCAAAUAUGCCGAGACAGUCUUCACGAUUCCGAAGGCAUACCUGCCCAAGUUCGAGUGGCACACUGGUAUCAGAGGUGCGAAGAAGCGUCAGGGUUGGGGCGGCGACGAGGACCCCCAUGAUGAUGAAGCCGCCGGGUUUUCCGUGACGGUCACUUCCCUGGACGCUGUGCUCGACGACUGGAACUUCUACGGCGGCGACUGGUGUCUGCGCGACGAGGCCUGUCAGUACGAUUGCCCGCCGGAUUUGUCUCCCGUCUGCUCAGGCGGAUCCUGCCAUUGCCUCGACUGCGAAGCGCUCGGCUGCUCUGCCAAGUUACAGGAUCCGAGCGGUACUGCAUUCAUGAACUUGACCAUGGGCGCGAAUGGAAAACUAGUCGAUUUGGUGGGGACUGAAGACUUAUGA